AUGGCGGCUCCCCGCUCCACGAUGAAAUUUUGGAAGCCGGGCUCCGAGGCUCCGGGCAUCUCGGAGGAACGGGACCUCAGCUCGGAGACCACCGGCUCCCCCAUCAUCUUCAACCCAAACACGGCCCUCUCCAUAGAGAAACAGCGGCAAAAGCUCCCAGUUUUCAAGCACAGAAACAACAUCUUAUACCUGGUGGAAAGCUUCCAGACUGUGAUAAUAGUUGGGGAGACAGGAUGCGGGAAGACUACACAGAUACCCCAGUACCUGCUGGAGGCUGGCUGGGCAGCGGAGGGGAAAGUGAUUGGAGUGACGCAGCCUCGACGUGUGGCUGCUAUCUCUGUGGCAAACCGUGUUGCGGAGGAGCGAGGGGCCCUGCUGGGACACGAGGUGGGCUACACCAUCCGUUUCGACGACUGCUCUGAUCCCCACGCCACCAGGAUCAAGUUUCUGACAGACGGCAUGCUCGUGCGAGAAAUGAUGGCCGAUCCUCUUUUAAAAAAAUACAGUGUGUUGAUGUUGGAUGAAGCACAUGAGAGGACUCUGUACACAGACAUCGCCAUUGGUCUACUGAAGAAGAUUCAGAAGAAGAGACGAGACCUGAGGGUGAUUGUGGCCUCCGCCACUCUUGAUGCCAAGAAAUUCCACGAGUUCUUUAACCUGAACGAGACUGGGGAUCCGAACAAGGACACGUGUGGGAUCCUGACAGUAGAGGGACGCACCUUCCCAGUGGACAUCUUCUACACCGUCAGCCCCGUCCCAGACUACGUAAAGGCCACAGUGGAAACCGUGAUGAAGAUCCAUGAGAUGGAGGAUGAUGGGGACGUUCUGGCUUUCCUCACUGGACAGGAAGAGGUGGAGAAGGUGGUGUCGAUGCUGCAGGAUCAGGCCAGAUCUCUUUCUCGGACUGGUAUGAAAAAGCAUCUGAGGAUUUUGCCCAUGUACUCUGGUCUACCCUAUGCAGACCAGAUGAAAGUCUUUGACCGGGCUCCCUCUACUGUUCGCAAGAUCGUGGUGGCCACAAACAUAGCCGAGACCUCCAUUACUAUAAGUGGCAUAAUGUUUGUCAUCGACUGCGCGUUUGUGAAGCUGCGGGCCUACAAUCCUCGCACGGCCAUCGAAUCCCUGGUGGUCACUCCCAUCUCCAAGGCUUCAGCCAGCCAGAGGGCUGGGAGGGCUGGACGAAACCGGCCUGGGAAGUGCUUUAGGCUGUACACAGAGGAAGACUACGAGAAGCUUCCAGCAUCUACUGUUCCAGAGAUGCAGCGCUCCAAUCUGGCCCCUGUGAUCCUUCAGCUCAAAGCGUUAGGCAUAGACAACGUGCUGCGCUUUAGCUUCCUUUCUCCUCCUCCAGCCCAGACUAUGGUUCAGGCUCUGGAGCUUCUUUACGCUCUUGGAGGUCUGGACCAUUACGGCCGUCUGACCGACCCCAUGGGCGUGCGGAUGGCCGAGUUUCCUCUCAGCCCCAUGUUUGCUAAGAUGCUCCUAGAGUCUGGAAACUUUGGCUGCUCCAAGGAGAUCGUUACCAUUGCAGCGAUGAUGCAGAUUCAGAAUAUAUUUGUAGUGCCGCCCAAUCAGAAGAAAGAUGCCGCUCGUGAACACAGGAAGUUUGCAGUCGCUGAGGGAGACCACCUCACCAUGCUGAACGUAUACGAGGCAUUUAUUAAGCACCAGAAAAGCUCCCAAUGGUGUCAGGAGCAUUUACUCAAUUACAAAGGUCUGCUGCGCGCCGUCACAGUGCGAGAGCAGCUGCGACGUCUCAUGAACAAGUUCAAAGUGCCACGAACUUCCAGCGAGGGUGAUCCAGAUGUGAUCUUGAAGUGUAUCGUGUCUGGGUUCUUCGCUAAUGCUGCACGCAUUCACCAUUCUGGUUCCUAUCGGACUUUACGAGAUGAUCUCGAACUUCACAUCCACCCCAACUCUGUGCUGUAUGGAGAGAAACCUCCAAAAUGGGUCGUCUUCAAUGAAGUGGUGCAGACGUCAAAAUACUACAUGCGUGACGUGACUGCUGUGGAGUCAUCCUGGCUGGUCGAGCUGGCGCCUCAUUUUUACAAGCAAGCCAAGCAUGGUUCGCUGGCCAGCAAGAGAUCUAGAGUCCUCUGAAUGAACCACCCUCAGAAACCCAAAGGGGAAAGCAAGACAAAGUUACCACUGUGCUCCCACCCAUUUCCAUUGUAUAUAUGAAGAUGUAAUAUAUAUUUAUUGUCCAUGUCCACCGACACGGCUCACUCCACUUGGUGUGGCCAUGCUACAAUAGAAAUACAAAUCAAAAGUUGUAGAUUUUUAGAGUUAAUGUCAGCACUUGUUCAGUUUCUUGGCUGUAUGUCUGUUUACAUAGAAAUGAAUGUUUGAGGAGGCCAGGCUGGGCCUGAACGGCACCCAUUUGAGCAUGGUCAUAUGGUUCAUUCAUACAACUAGAAAUGUGUAUAUAUACUGUACUCGAAGCAGGCUCAGGUCCAGGAUUCAGCUCCUGUGCCACAGGCCCAUCCACACCUGGCUUCAGGAUUUUUUUUAAAGCUAUGUUUUUUUUUUUCUGUAGCAGAUAAAUACUGAAUGACAAAAGACUGUGAGGUUGUUUCCCAGUGAGGGAUUCGUUAUUUUUUUUUAACCUUACUUGGUACUAUCAUGUCUGUUAAUUUUGCCUUCAUUUCUAAUUUUUUUUUUCAAUGUAAAUGUUGUCAUAUUGACCUACACACUGUUUCAGGGUUUUCUUUACAUUUUUUCAUUCAGCAUCUGGUUCUCUGAUUGAUACUGUGAAGAAGCUCCAUUAUAGCUCAGAUUUAGUGGCCUUGUCACCACACUGUGCCAAUUCUUUUUGUUUCACAUUUCACUUACAGAUGAAAUAUGUAAAUACUCCCAAAUAUUGUACUUGUAUUGCUGUGAAACUAAAAUGAGAGAAGAAAUGCCAUUUGUUGCUGUGAUAACAAAAGAAAAGUAUUUAGACGUACAUCCAGCAUCUCGUUAAAUUAAAAAGGCAUUUUUCAACUAGUUCCAUCAUUAAAUGCCACCUAUACAGAAUUUGUUUUUUAUUUGUUAGUGUCUUGUUUUAUGCUUGGUUGUAUUUUAUAAUUUCAAUAACAUGUUAUGCAUCACAUUCCAUGUCAUCUGCAUGAACCAAGUCAUAUUAAUAUCCAUUUUUUUUUUAUUCCAACCCUAAAAGCUUUACUUCACUUGGUCCGCUGCUGGAAUGGCCAAAUUCGACACGUCUACCUUUGUUAAUUUUUCCGUGGUAGAACCUGUCUUUAGAAUAGCUCAGUGAAUUCAAGUAAAACUGUAAAAACACCCAAAAACAAUACCUUACAGCACAUAGGAUGCACUCAGACCUAUUAGAUUAUAAGAUGGAAGUGCAUUUGCAUGUUAAAUGGUAUUCUAACCACGACCUAUUCACUUUGUAGCUGUAUUUGAGGAGAAAACCGUUCCAACGUGACUGAGCACCCUCCUCUGCAGACGGAGUAUAAAGCAGUGAUCUGUAGACGUGUGUAGCAGCUUACCUCUGAGAUCAAAACUAUCAUUUUUCCUGUGACAUCCUUUAAAUAAAGCCUUAUUGUCAUAACACUUA